UAAGACCUUGAAACAGGUCAACAUUUACAAGGUCGCAGGGUCAGAUGGAUUACCAGGACGUGUACUGCGAGCAUGCGCUGACUAACUAGCAAGUGUCUUCACUGACAUUUUCAACCUCACCCUGUCCGAGUCUGUAAUAUCAACAUGUUUCAAGCAGACCACCAUAGUGCCUGUGCCCAAGAACACUAAGAUAACCUGUCUAAAUGACUACCGACCUGUAGCACUCACGUCUGUAGUCAUGAAGUGCUUUGAAAGGCUGGUCAUGGCUCACAAACCAUUAUCCUAGAAACCUAGACCCACUCCAAUUUGCAUAUCGCCCCAACAGAUCCACAGAUGAUGCAAUCUCUAUUGCACUCCACACUGCCCUUUCCCACCUGGAUAAAAGGAACACCUAUGUGAGAAUGCUAUUCAUUGACUACAGUUCAGCGUUCAACAACAUAGUGCCCUCAAAGCUCAUCAAUAAGCGAGGGACCCUGGACUAAACACCUUCCUCUGCAACUGGAUCCUGGACUUCCUGACAGGCUGCCCCCAGGUGGUAAGGGUAGGUAACAACACAUCCGCCACACUGAUCCUCAACACGGGGGCCCCUCGGGGGUGCGUGCUCAGUCCCCUCCUGUACUCCUUGUUCACUCAUGACUGCACGGCCAGGCACGACUCCAACAUCAUCAUUAAGUUUGCCGAUGACAAAACAGUGGUAGGCCUGAUCACAGACAACGAGACAGCCUAUAGGGAGGAGGUCAGAGACCUGGCCGUGUGGUGCCAGGACAACAACCUCUCCCUCAACGUGAUCAAGAGAAAGGAGAUGAUUGUAGACGACAGGAAAAGAGGACCGAGCACACCCCCAUUCUCAUCAACGGGGCAGCAGUGGUGCAGGUUGUGAGCUUCAAGUUCCUUGGUGUCCACAUCACCAACAAACGGACAUGGUCUCAAGCACACCAAGACAGUUGUGAAGAGGGCGCUACAAAACCAAUUCCCCCUCAGGCGACUCAAAAGAUUUGGCAUAGGUCCUCAGAUCCCCAAAAGGUUCUACGGCUGCACCAUCGAGAGCAUCCUGUCCGGUUGCAUCACUGCCUGGUAUGGCAACUGCUCGGCCUCCGACAGCAAGGCACUACAGAGGGUAGUGCGAAUGGUCCAGUACAUCACUGGGCAAAGCUUCCUGCCAUCCAGGACCUCUAUACCAGACGGUGUCAGAGGAAGGCACUAAACAUUGUCAAAGCCUCCAGCCACCCAAAUCAUAGACUGUUCUCUCUGCUACCACAUGGCAAGCGGUACCGGAGCACCAAGUCUAGGUCCAAGACGCUCCUAAACAGCUUCUACCCCCAAGCCGUAAGACUCCUGAACACCUACCUCUUUUACACCGCUGCUACUUUGUUGUUAUCAUAUAUGCAUAGUCACUUUAAUAACUCUACCUACAUAUUACCUCAACCAACCGGUACCCCCCUGUAUAUAGUCUCGCUAUUGUUAUUUUACUGCUGCUCUUUAAUUGCUCGUCACUUUUAUUUCUUAUUCGUAUUUUUUGAAACUGCAUUGUAGGCUAGGGGCUCGUAAGUAAGCAUGUCACUAAGGUUGUAUUCGGCACGUGACUAAUAAAAUUGUAUUUUCUUUAAAAGUUAACCAUUUUCACUGUAGUGUCCAAAACAGCUUUCAAGCCAUCAGGCAUUCCUUUGGCAGCAAGAGCCUCUCGUGGAUGCUGCAGUGUACCAACAAUACAGAUACCAACAUGAGCAGCAGCUACGUUUGGCUACAUAUGGAUCGUUAGUGGAAUUCCCGCGAGAGAGAAACGGUGAAUGUGAUUGGAUGUUAAUUAUUUGACUAGGCUAACUGUAUUUGACAUUGUGUUGUUAUUUUGUUGAACACUAGAUGGGUAAAUUUUAUUUUUGGCAGUGAAACGAGGCUACUCAGGCGAGAAAAAAACCUAACCCAAAUGUAUAGCCCUGUUUGAAAAUAUAAAAUGGACUGUUUGAAAAUGUAAAAAAAAUAAGAUAUAUACACUACCGUUCAAAAGUUUGGGGUCACUUAGAAAUGAACUUGUUUUUGAAAGAAAAGCAAUUUUUUUGCCCAUUAAAAUAACAUCAAAUUGAUCAAAAAUACAGUAUUCACAUUGUUAAUGUUGUAAAUGACUUGUAGCUGGAAAUGCCAGAUUUUUUUAUGGAAUAUCCACAUAGGCGUACAGAGACCCAUUAUCAGCAACCAUCACUCCUGUGUUCCAAUGGCACGUUGUGUUAGCUAUUCCAUGUUUAUACAUUUUAAAAGGCUAAUUCAUCAUUGGAAAACCCUUUUGCAAUUAUGUUAGCACAGCUGAAAACUGUUGUUCUAAUUAAGGAAGCAAUAAAACUGGCCUUCUUUAGACUAGUUGAGUAUCUGGAGCAUCAGCAUUUGUGGGUUCGAUUACAGGCUCAAAAUAGCCAAAAACAAAGCACUUUCUUCUGAAACUCAGUCUAUUCUUGUUCUGAGAAAUGAAGGCUAAUCCAUGCGAGUAAUUGCCAAGAAACUGAAGAUCUCAUACAAUGCUGUGUCCUAUUCCCUUCACAGAACAACACAAACUGGCUCUAAUCAGAAUAGAAAGAGGAGUCGGAGGCCCCGGUGGACAACUGAGCAAGCAGGACAAGUACAUUAGAAUGCCAAGUUUGAGAAAUAGACACCUCUCAAGUCCUCAACUGGCAGCUUCAUUAAAUAGUACCCGCAAAACACCAGUCUCAACGUCAACAGUGAAGAUGCGACUCGGAUGCUGGCCUUCUAAGCAGAGUUGCAAAGAAAAAGCCAUAUCUCAGACUGGCCAAUAAAAAUAAAAGAUUAAGAUGGGCAAAAGAACAGACACUGGACAGAGGAACUCAGCCUAGAAGGCUAGCAUCCCGGAGUGACACAAAACAUGUCAGUUUGUCACUUUCACAAGGCUGUAGUAAUGACAGUUAGAGUUAUUUAAGACAUUGGCUCAAGUCUAGGUUUUGCAUUUGAAUUUCAAGAAAAUUAACAGGGACACAUUUUUUUUACAUUGACUUGCCAACCCCAAUCUGAUCUGCCGAGUCUGCUUCACAAGCGUUCCCGAAAUUCUCAAAACUUUGCGUCUCUGGUUUUAUAAACUCUGUGGUAUAGUUUGCCAGCUUGUAGUCCUAAAAACUGGAAAUGAGUUAGCAUUUUCUACCUCUGGUUCGUUCAGCCAUUCCUAUGGGGGAAAUGAAUGGGUAAAAAAAUGGGGUCUUGGGAUAAAUGGUGUAAAAUAAGGUCUGAUGUUAAAAAAGGCUUAGGCUAUCUUAUAAGUUUUUCCCCUAUGAGAUAAUCAGUUAGUUAACAUUAUGAAUGAUGUUUUGAUUACAUAAAUGCUUCACAUUUUACAAUAACAUCAGCUGAUGAAGACUAUCUCAUUGGACAAAAUGUACAAGAUCUCCUUAACCUGUGUUUACCACAGACCUCAUUUUCAACAUUUAUCCAAAACCCCUCAAACUCACAUUCAUUUCCCCAUAGGCUUUAGAGGCCAUUACUAUUGCUCUCUAUGGAGUCCUUGGUUGAAAGACCUUGCCACCCCAAUCUAGCUUGCUAAACUAUCUUAGCAAACCAUUACAGAUUCGAUUUAAAAUAUCUCUCAAUCAUGAAAACUGACGGUCCAGAAGAAAAAUUGCAAUUGAGUCACUCGGAUACUUGACUUGAUCAAAUAGUUAGCUUGUGAACACAACUUAUUCUGUUCUCUUCUGAGCGUUUUGUGACGGCGCAUGCUACUUCCGGCUGCCACUAGUACCUCGUGACCGUUUCGCGCUCAAUUUUCAAAUAUUCAAUCUGAACCAACCCAGGCUCGCGGUGCUGGGGCAAAAGUCGUUGGCUUUAGCUAACGGUAAGCAAGCGAACUAGGUUAAUUUUCGAAAAGAAUCACUUUUAUUUGCAAAUCUUAUACAAUGGCAACUUGUGCCCCUGAUUCUUUGUUUCCUCUGGAAGAUUUUCAUGAUGAAACAGCACAGAAAGCAAGCAAGGAACAUUUUAAAAUACCUGUCUCAAGUGAGAUGGCCCAUGAAAAGGCCCAGUCUCAUACCAGUACUAUUCCGAACAGUGAGGUGCCAAGCUAUGAUGCUGGUUUAACAUCAUUCUCUGCUGCUGACUCUCCUCAAAUCGUAAGGAAUAAAGUCCCUAUGAGAAGGAAACGUCUGGCGCCAAAUCCUGACAGCGAAGAGCCAUUUGAUGCUAAAGAGGCCCAAGUCUUGCCACAAAUCUUCAUCUCCAACAAGACAUACACCUACGAUGAACGUGUUGCUCUGUUUUGCGAUCAUAUUAUUGGCCAGUGUUCUGCAGAAGACGCAGAUGAAGCUAUAAGUUUCUACAUAAUAGAAAAACUUGCCAGCAAACGCUCUUGGACUGCAGUGUGGAAAACUUCCCCAGAAGUCCUGUUGGUAAACUGCGAUAUUGGCGACCUGCCAUUUGUGGGUGUGCUUGUCGACGUCAACUGUACACCAUGCGAAGGAAAAAGCCUCCCUCUUCGAGUGUCUGUUUCCGUGGCAGAACCAUAUUCCUCAAACAUUGCCAACUUACCAAGAGAGUUGGUUGAAGAUGUGUUGAGGGAACAUGACUACUCUGUGCCAAUCUUGGAUGUCUACCCCAUACAAGGGAUGGGAGCUGAUGUAGACAACAUUGCGGAGUAUCUGGAACAUGCAAGGUUUUUCUACGAUUUUCUCUGGAGGGACUGGGAUGAUGAUGAGGAAUGUGACGAGUACGCAGGAGUCAUUGAGAAACGCAUACAGCUGUAUUAUGACAUUCAGGAUGGAACCAUCCCUGGUCCAAUCAGUGAGCGAUACCGCAAGACCCUGGAGGAGUACCGAAGCAAACGACUGGACUUGACAAAGUUCCAGACCAAAAUCCGUGGGGAGGCCUUACCAGGGGAGGCUGUGGAGUGCUGGAAAAAGUACUAUGAAAUGUCAAUGCUCUGUGGGCUCCUGAAGUUCUGGGAAGACCUACGACUCAGGAGCCAUGGACCCUUCUAUCCAAGGAUCUACAAACGCAGAAAGGGACAGAGAACAUCUGGAAGGAUUGUGACACACAUUGUUGCCCAGAUAAUGACAACAGACAUGAUCAAGAACUUCUCGGCGGACACUCUGAUCCAGCAGCAUGACAGUCUGUCAGCCGCUCUGGACUCAUGCUUCUCUGGGGACACGGUGGUGGUCUUCCCAGGAGAGUACCACGCAGUUGCACUGGCAUCCCUCACAGACGACAUCACAAUAAAGGGAGAAGGAGAAAGGAAAGAGGUGCUGUUUUACUCUGACCCAUCCCAUGACAACUUUGUGGCGUCCAAAGCCUCCAAGGUGAUGCUCAUGAACCUGACAUUGGUGCAGCAUGGAACCUGUGAUGGCAUUGUUGUGGUGGAGUCGGGACAGUUGACCCUGGACAACUGCGUGUUGAAGUGUCAAGGCACAGGAGUGUGUGUCCUGACUGGAGCCUCUCUGGUCAUGAAGAACUGUGAGAUCUCUGGUGCAAAGGGUGCAGGAGUGGAGUUGUACCCUGGCAGCGUUGCAGAGCUGCAUCGGAAUGAAAUCCACCACUGCAGCAACCAGCUGGCGAAAGACUCAAAAGGUUCACAGGGUGGAAUCAAUCUCAAGGUUCUCCCUCAGCCCCAGCUGAAGCUGACAGACAAUCAUAUUCAUGAUAACCACGGGUAUGGCGUGACCAUUCUUGUUCCUGACAAUCUGUACAAAGCGAGUGAGGACCUGGAGCAGACAGCCAGUGGGGACAAGAACGAGACAGAUUAUCUUUCCAAGGCCCUGCAGAAACUCAGUUUGGAGAUCACCACAAACAAACUGGAGUCAAACACCAAGGGUGAUAUAGGCUUGCUGCGCAAAAUGUGGGUGAAUUCCUGAGUCUAGGAUUGCAGCAUAAAUGUGUUCUACACAAUAGUUUAAACAAUUUGAAGUAACCACUCACAAUUUUACUGGAUGUAGCUGUUGCUCAGUAUCUUGCCAUGUAACAUUCGUUACUACUUUAGGUAGAUUGAUUUGUUUCAAGUGUUAGAUUAUAUUUGUGUUAGUAUCCAUUUCAGAGAAAGAUCCCAGCUUUUGUAUGCACUGGCCCUAUAAACAAAC